AUGAACUCCACACAUCGCGCUUUCUCGAUACCAGAGAUCUUCCUCAUGAUCAUGGAUCGCGUCGUUCCCGAGAAAUUUGAUCCGGGGCGGCGCCACAUGCUAUGGGAAAUCCUCCCGUCCCUCAAACCUUUACUCAAGCUCCUUCCAUCUGUGGUUCUAGACUCGGAGAAGAACAUACAUACCGUACAAGGGGAAGUAUCUUCAGAAGACAAAGAUCGUUUUAUAGCGUCAGCCCGACUUGUACGGGAGCUCACUUUCAAGGAACAAGACCACACGACGCUUCCUCAGGACGUCUGGGAUCACAUCGAAAGUCUGACAGGUGGAAAACCUAUAUUGCCGUCUCUGCGAAACCUUUUCUUCACUGCUGGCUCUGUCGAUAAUCUUGACGUGGUCCGGCUCGUUGGACCCUUAACAGACAACCUCGAGCUCCGGUACUUCGACGACGACGGCUUUAGAAAGGAUUCGGAAGCACCAGCAAACCUGGUCAACGAAAUCGUUGCUCGCACCAAGAAUCUCACUCACAUCACCCUGUUCUCUAUGGGGGACGACAUGAUUCCCGAGUCCUUCUUCGAACCUAUGGUCACGCUUCCCAAGCUGCGGUACAUCAUGAUCGAGCAGGGAUGGGUCUCCCUGGAAGUCUUCCGCCUCCUCGCCACCUUCCCAGCCCUCGCCGACCUGACUGCCGACUUCCUUCUCGAGUUCGAGGAGACCGAAAUCCCACUCGGCUUCGAGCACCUCGAGUCCCUCUACAGCAUCGACAUCAGCAACGACGGCGGCCUCUCGCCCGCCAAGUCCAAGGUCAUCACCUCCUGCGCGUCCCCGCACCUGCGCGUGCUCCGCAUGGGCGACGACACCGCGCACAGCGCGACGACCACCCUCAACGAGUGGCGCGCGCUCUGCGUGCUCGUCGCCGAGCGCUUCCGCGCGCUCGAGCACUUCUCCUGGGCGAUCUCCCACACCGCCCUCCCGCUCGCGGACCCCACGCCCGCCGCGCACGCGUUCGAGCCGCUGCUCACCCUCCGCGCGCUCCGCCGCGUCGAGCUCGACUUCGGCACGCGCGGCGUCCGCCUCGACGACGCGCUCUUCGCCGCCGCCGCCCGCGCCUGGCCGCACCUCGAGCACCUCACGCUCUGCGGCCCCCGCCGCCCCCCGCGGACGUCGACGCGGACGCGGCGCGCGCGCGCGGGCGGCGGCGGCGGCGGCGGCGGCGGCGGCGGCGACGGGGACCUGCUCGAGCUGCUCGCGAGGGUGCGCCCCGGCGCGGUGCCGGACGUGCCGCUCAUGGCGCACGAGCUGCACCGGCUCCAGUUUGACUGCGCGCCGGACCCGGGGGCGGCGAACGCGCUCGCGGCGGCGUUUGCGCUCGACAGGAUGUUCCCGGAGCUGAGCGAGGUCGGGCCGGCGUAUGUCGUGCUCGAGAGCCAUGAUGGGAGGGAGCGGCCGGGGGGCGGCGAGGAUGCGCAGCAGGAGUUUUGGGACGACGUGUGUUUUGGACUCGAGUUUUGUGAGACGGCGCGGCGGAACCGGGGGGAGCGGAAGAUGCGGAGGAUCGUCAGGCUGGACGGGUAG